AUGGAUGCCCGAACCAUGUUUUCUGCUUCUUCAACCGUAAGGAAUGUUGUUUUGAGAUCCAGCUACCAAGUGUUCAUGUCAAAACAAUGUGUCAUGUUCGAAUUCCAUGGAAGCAGUGAAGUUUUCCUAAAUCACGUGAGGUUGAAAAACAGAUAUCCUUCAAAGGUUUAUAGGCAUUCUGUUCAUUGCUUUAAUGAUUCAGAGAAGAACUCAAAGGGACCUUCCACCACUCAGAUAAAUAAUGCCAAAGUCAUCUAUUCUGUUGCUCCAGCCAUGGGGCAUAACAAGGAAUUACACCCUGAGUGCAAUGCUAGAGUACCUGCUAUUGUGGAUGCGCUGGAAAAGAUGGAGUUGACUUCCAAAUUCCGCGGCACUGAGGUGGUUGAACUUCAAAGUUGGAAACCUGCUUCCAUGGAGGAUGUAACAAGUGUCCAUGCAAAACCCUAUGUGUCUGGCUUGGAGAAGGCUAUGGUUGAGGCUACCGAUAAAGGUUUAAUUUUGGUGGAAGGCACUGGACCAACGUAUGCCACUGCAACGACCUUCAAUGAAUCUUUAUUGGCUGCUGGAGCUGGAAUUUCCUUGGUUGAUUCAGUGGUUGCUGCAUCAAAACUUAGUCACGAUACUCCAGUUGGCUUUGCCCUGAUAAGACCACCUGGUCACCAUGCUGUUCCAAAAGGGCCUAUGGGUUUCUGUGUGUUCGGGAAUGUCGCAAUAGCAGCGCGCCAUGCUCAGCGUGCUCAUGGCUUGCAACGUGUGUUUAUCAUAGAUUUUGAUGUGCACCAUGGGAAUGGAACCAAUGAUGCUUUCUACGAUGACCCGGAUAUAUUUUUCCUUUCGACACACCAGGAUGGAAGCUAUCCAGGAACAGGUAAAAUACAUCAGGUUGGUCAAGGAGCAGGUGAAGGAGCAACGUUGAACCUUCCUUUACCUGGAGGCUCGGGUGAUAUGGCCAUGCGAGCCGUAUUUGAAGAAGUCAUUGCACCAUGUGCGCAGAGGUUCAAGCCAGAUAUUAUCCUCGUUUCAGCAGGCUAUGACGGACACGUAUUGGAUCCACUGGCGAGCCUGCAAUUCACGACCGCAACAUAUUAUAUGCUUGCUUCAAGCAUUAAGCAGCUUGCGAAAGAUUUGUGUGAUGGGCGGUGUGUCUUCUUCUUGGAAGGAGGUUACAACCUCAGUUCCCUUUCAAACUCAGUGGCCGACUCCUUUCGUGCUUUUCUUGGUGAUCCAAGCAUGGCUUCAGAGUUUGAUAAUCCUGCCUUUUUAUUUGAAGAACCAUCGAGGAAGGUAAAAGAUGCAAUUCAGAAAAUCAAGCACAUUCAUUCCCUGUGA